AUGGCGGAUGGUAAGGUAGGGGGAGAGAGAGGAAACUAUGUCUCACCUCGGAGGGCUGGCUGUGCUGGACUGGGACUGCUAGAUGGCUUGAUCGCUGCUGGACCUGGGCCGCUGGACUCCGCUUCUCUGGUGGUGGUGCUUGUGCUUGGUGCCGCUGCCACCACUGCUGCUGGCGCUGCUGGUGCUGCUGAGGACUGGUACUGCUCCCGUCAAUUCUCGCGGGCUGACAUGCCCCCGCGUAAUGAUGUACGGGAGGGCCUCGCGAGGGACGAGUUUGGGUUGAAGAGGCGAGAGCUGCUGCGACGGACGGCGGAUGGUCCUGGGCUGGGGCCGGAGGACUGGGGAUGGAGUCUGGGAUGGGAAUUGGCGAAGCUCAGGGAGGGUCCUGAAGGUACGAGCGAACAAGCAGGCGAGCAGGGACGUCUGGCCUGGGUCUGGGUGCUCUCCCUCGCUGCUGCCCACUCAAUGUGA